CUCACUCGGUGCUGCGCGGGCCUCUGAACCUCCGCGGACACCCUAGCUUUCGGCUGCUGCUGCUCCCCUGGCGGCUCCCCUUAACCAAACCUCUUGCGGGUGGGUACGGCAGCUCUUUGGGGACAAAAGUCUUCCCUCUUCGUUGCGCUCUGCUUCGUACUUCGUAUUUUGGGCAAAUCUGAGAAGGCAGGUAUUAGCGCCUCCAUUGAGCUGCUACCAGAGAGGUAGGAGAAAGGCUGAGCCUGGCGCGGAGUGCGGGCUGACUGGGGCCUAGGCCCGCGAAACGCCGUCGCUGCCCGGAUGUUGCGAUGGCUGAUCGGGGGAGGCCGAGAACCUCAGGGACUGGCCGAGCAAUCUCCUUUACAGACAAUAGGUGAAGAACAAACCCAGAACCCCUACACUGAACUGCUUGUACUGAAAGCUCAUCAUGAUAUUGUACGGUUUCUGGUACAGUUAGAUGAUUACAGAUUUGCAUCUGCUGGUGAUGAUGGAAUUGUAGUUGUGUGGAAUGCCCAGACAGGAGAAAAACUUUUGGAACUCAAUGGACACACUCAAAAGAUAACAGCUAUUAUUACAUUUCCUUCUUUGGAAGCUUGUGAAGAAAAAAAUCAACUGAUCUUGACAGCCUCUGCUGACAGAACAGUUAUUGUAUGGGACUGUGAUACUGGCAGACAAGUUCAGAAAGUGUCAUGCUUCCAGUCUACUGUAAAGUGUUUAGCUCUUCUUCAGAGACUAGAUGUUUGGCUUUCUGGUGGGAAUGACCUCUGUGUGUGGAACCGAAAAUUAGAUCUCCUGUGUAAGACUAGUCACCUUUCUGAUACAGGGAUCAGUGCUUUGAUUGAAAUACCUAAGAACUGUGUUGUGGCAGCAGUUGGCAAAGAACUGAUAAUUUUCAGGCUGGUAGCACCCACAGAGGGAUCACUAGGAUGGGAUAUUCUUCAAGUUAAGCGCCUCCUUGAUCACCAGGAUAAUAUUCUCUCACUGGUUAAUGUCAAUGAUUUGAGUUUUGUAACUGGCUCCCAUGUUGGAGAGCUCAUCAUCUGGGAUAUCCUGGACUGGACUGUGCAGGCCUGUGAACGCAACUUCUGGGACCCAUCUCCACAGCUGGACACUCAGCAAGAAAUAAAACUCUGUCAAAAGCCAAAUGACGUUUCUAUUCAUCAUUUCACAUGGGAUGAAGAGAAUGUAUUUGUUGCAGUUGGAAGGGGUUUAUACGUCUAUAACCUUCAAAUGAAGCGUGUGAUUGCCUGCCAGAAAACUGCACAUGACUCCAAUGUCCUGCACGUUGCCAAACUUCCAAACAGGCAGUUAAUCUCAUGCUCAGAAGAUGGAAGUGUACGCAUUUGGGAGUUACGAGAAAAACAGCAGCUUGCAGCUGAACCUGUACCAACAGGUUUUUUUAACAUGUGGGGAUUUGGAAGAGUAAAUAAACAAGCCAGCCACCCUGUUAAAAAACAACAAGAAAAUGCCACUUCAUGUUCACUAGAGCUUAUUGGCGAUUUAAUUGGACACUCAUCAUCUGUGGAGAUGUUUCUGUACUUUGAAGAUCAUGGACUAGUGACAUGUUCUGCUGAUCAUCUCAUUAUUUUGUGGAAAAAUGGAGAACGAGAAUCUGGAUUGCGCAGCUUAAAGUUAUUUCAAAAAUUAGAGGAGAAUGGUGACUUAUAUCUUGCUGUCUAGUUUAAGGAAUUUGAACACCUGUGCAUGAACCUUGAACAGCAAAUAUAGGGGUAAUACUCUGAAAACCAUUACCAUAUUAAUCACUUAAAUUUUGUAAUUUUUUUUUCUUGUUACUCCAUAAAAUUCCAAUUGUU